AUGAUCACCACUUGGUUUCCCCUGCCUCUUUCAUUUCUUCAGUUCGAUCACCACUUGGUUUCACCUGCCUCUUCAUUUCUGAUCACCACUUGGUUUCCACCUGUCUCUUCAGUUCUCAUCCACUUGGUUUUCCACCCUGCCUCUUCAUUCUGUCACCACUUGGUUUCCACCUGCCUCUUCAGUUCUGGGAUCACCACUUGGUUUCCACCUGCCUCUUCAUUUCUGAUCACCACUUGGUUUCCCAUCUGCCUCUUCAUUUCUGAUCACCACUUGGUUUCACCUGCCUCUACUUUCCUUCCCACUUGGUUCUGCCUCUUCAUUUCUGAUCACCACUUGGUUUCCACCUGCCUCUUCAUUUCUGAUCUCACCACUUGGUUUCCACCUGCCUUUCAUUCUGAUCACCACUUGGUUCCCCAUCUGCCUCUUCAUUCUGAUCACCACUUGGUUUCCUGCCUCUUCACCGGCAAUCCUGCUUGGUUUCCCACUUGUUCAUCACCACUUGGUUCCCCAUCUGCCUGGUCAUUUCGAUCACCAUUGGUUUCCACCUGCCUCUUCAUUUCUGAUCACCACUUGGUUUCCACCUGCCUCUUCAUUUCUGAUCACCACUUGGUUUCCACCUGCCUCUUCAGUUCUGAUCACCACUUGGUUCCCAUCUGCCUGUUCAGUUCUGAUCACCGCUUUCCACCUGCCUCUUCAUUUCUGAUCACCACUUGGUUUCCACCUGCCUCUUCAUUUCUGAUCACCACUUGGUUCCCACCUGCCUCUUCAGUUCUGAUCACCACUUGGUUUCCAUCUUCCUCUUCAUUUCUGAUCACCACUUGGUUUCCACCUGCCUCUUCAUUUCUGAUCACCACUUGGUUUCCACCUGUCUCUUCAGUUCUGAUCACCACUUUGUUCCCGUCUGCCUGUUCAGUUCUGAUCACCACUUGUUCUGAUCACCACUUGGUUUCCUGCCUCUUCAUUUCUGCUCGUUUCAGUUCGAUCACCACUUGGUUUCCACCUGCCUCUUCAGUUCCUGAUCACCACUUUUCGCCUGCCUCUUCAUUUCUGAUCACCACUUGGUUUCCACCUGCCUCUUCAGUUCUGAUCACCACUUGGUUUCCGUCUGCCUCUUCAUUUCUGAUCACCACAUGGUUUUCCCCCUGCCUCUUCAGUUCUGAUCCUCCACCCAGUUCCCCACCUGCCUCUUCAUUUCUGAUCACCACUUGGUUUCCCACCUGCCUCUUCAUUUCUGAUCACCACAUGGUUCCCAUCUGCCUCUUCAUUUCUGAUCACCACUUGGUUCCCACCUGCCUCUUCAGUUCCGAUCACCAAUUCAGUCACCGGGUUCCCAUCGGCCUCUUCAGUUCUGAUCACCACUUGGUUCCACCUGCCUCUUCAUUUCUGAUCACCACUUGGUUUUCCGUCUGCCUCUUCAGUUCUGAUCACCACUUGUUUUCCAUUCGCCCUCUUCAUUCUGAUCACCACUUGGUUCCCAUCUGCCUGUUCAUUUCUGAUCACCACUUGGUUUCCACCUGCCUCUUCAUUUCUGAUCACCACUUGGUUUCCACCUGCCUCUUCAGUUCUGAUCACCACUUGGUUUCCACCUGCCUCUUCAUUUCUGAUCACCACUUGGUUUCCACCUGCCUCUUCAUUUCUGAUCACCACUUGGUUUCCACCUGCCUCUUCAGUUCUGAUCACCACUUGGUUCCCAUCUGCCUCUUCAUUUCUGAUCACCACUUGGUUUCCACCUGCCUCUUCAUUUCUGAUCACCACUUGGUUUCCACCUGCCUCUUCAUUUCUGAUCACCAUGGUUUCCCACCUGCCUCUUCAUUUCUGAUCACCACUUGGUUGCCCGUCACCUGCCUCUUCAUUUCUGAUCACCACUUGGUUUCCACCUGCCUCUUCAUUUCUGAUCACCACUUGGUUUUCCACCUGCCUUGGUUUCAUUCUGAUCACCACUUGGUUUCCACCUGCCUCUUCAUUUCUGAUCUCACUUGUUCUGAUCACCACAUGGUUUCCACCUGCCUCUUCAUUUCUGAUCACCACUUGGUUUCCACCUGCCUCUUCAUUUCUGAUCAGCACUUGGUUUCCACCUGCCUCUUCAUUUCUGAUCACCACUUGGUUUCCACCUGCCUCUUCAUUUCUAUUCCACUUGGUUUCCACCUGCCUCUUCAUUUCUGGUUUCACCUGCCUCUUCGUCACCACUUGGUUCCACCUGCCUCUUCAUUUCUGAUCACCACUUGGUUUCCACCUGCCUCUUCAUUUCUGAUCACCACUUGGUUUCCACCUGCCUCUUCAUUUCUGAUCACCACUUGUUCUGAUCACCACUUGGUUUCCACCUGCCUCUUCAUUUCUGAUCACCACUUGGUUUCCACCUGCCUCUUCAGUUCUGAUCACCACUUGGUUUCCACCUGCCUCUUCAUUUCUGAUCACCACUUGGUUCCCAUCUGCCUGUUCAGUUCUGAUCACCACUUGGUUUCCACCUGCCUCUUCAUUUCUGAUCACCACUUGGUUCCCAUCUGCCUGUUCAGUUCUGAUCACCACUUGGUUUCCACCUGCCUCUUCAUUUCUGAUCACCACUUGGUUUCCACCUGCCUCUUCAUUUCUGAUCACCACCUCAUUUCACGUUCCCACCUGGUUUUCCUCCUCUUCAGUUCUGAUCACCACUUGGUUUCCAUCUGCCUCUUCAUUUCUGAUCACCACUUGGUUUCCACCUGCCUCUCAUUUCUGAUCACCACUUGGUUUCCACCUGCCUCUUCAUUUCUGAUCACCACUUGGUUUCCACCUGCCUCUUCAUUUCUGACCACUUGGUUUCCACCUGCCUCUUCAUUUCUGAUCACCACUUGGUUUCCACCUGCCUCUUCAUUUCUGAUCACCACUUGGUUUCCACCUGCCUCUUCAUUUCUGAUCACCACUUGGUUUCCACCUGCCUCUUCAGUUCUGAUCACCACUUGGUUUCCACCUGCCUCUUCAGUUCUGAUCACCACUUGGUUCCCAUCUGCCUCUUCAUUUCUGAUCACCACUUGGUUUCCACCUGCCUCUUCAUUUCUGAUCACCACUUGGUUCCCAUCUGCCUGUUCAGUUCUGAUCACCACUUGGUUUCCACCUGCCUCUUCAUUUCUGAUCACCACUUGGUUCCCAUCUGCCUGUUCAGUUCUGAUCACCACUUGGUUUCCACCUGCCUCUUCAUUUCUGAUCACCACUUGGUUUCCACCUGCCUCUUCAUUUCUGAUCACCACUUGGUUUCCACCUGCCUCUUCAUUUCUGAUCACCACUUGGUUUCCACCUGCCUCUUCAUUUCUGAUCACCACUUGGUUUCCACCUGCCUCUUCAUUUCUGAUCACCACUUGGUUUCCACCUGCCUCUUCAUUUCUGAUCACCACUUGGUUUCCACCUGCCUCUUCAGUUCUGAUCACCACUUGGUUCCCAUCUGCCUCUUCAUUUCUGAUCACCACUUGGUUUCCACCUGCCUCUUCAUUUCUGAUCACCACUUGGUUCCCAUCUGCCUCUUCAUUUCUGAUCACCACUUGGUUUCCACCUGCCUCUUCAUUUCUGAUCACCACUUGGUUUCCACCUGCCUCUUCAUUUCUGAUCACCACUUGGUUUCCACCUGCCUCUUCAGUUCUGAUCACCACUUGGUUUCCACCUGCCUCUUCAUUUCUGAUCACCACUUGGUUUCCACCUGCCUCUUCAUUUCUGAUCACCACUUGGUUUCCACCUGCCUCUUCCAUUUCUGAUCACCACUUGGUUUCCACCUGCCUCUUCAUUUCUGAUCACCACUUGGUUUCCACCUGCCUCUUCAUUUCUGAUCACCACUUGGUUUCCACCUGCCUCUUCAUUUCUGAUCACCACUUGGUUUCCACCUGCCCCUCUUCAUUUCUGAUCACCACUUGGUUUCCACCUGCCUCUUCAUUUCUGAUCACCACUUGGUUUCCAUCUGCCUGUUCAUUUCUGAUCACCACUUGGUUUCCACCUGCCUCUUCAUUUCUGAUCACCACUUGGUUUCACCUGCCUCUUCAUUUCCUGAUCACCAUUGUUUCUUCUGAUCACCACUUGGUUUCCACCUGCCUCUUCAUUUCUGAUCACCACUUGGUUUCCACCUGCCUCUUCAUUUCUGAUCACCACUUGGUUUCCACCUGCCUCUUCAGUUCUGAUCACCACUUGGUUUCCACCUGCCUCUUCAUUUCUGAUCACCACUUGGUUCCCAUCUGCCUCUUCAGUUCUGAUCACCACUUGGUUUCCACCUGCCUCUUCAUUUCUGAUCACCACUUGGUUCCCAUCUGCCUCUUCAGUUCUGAUCACCACUUGGUUUCCACCUGCCUCUUCAUUUCUGAUCACCACUUGGUUUCCACCUGCCUCUUCAUUUCUGAUCACCACUUGGUUUCCACCUGCCUCUUCAUUUCUGAUCACCACUUGGUUUCCACCUGCCUCUUCAUUUCUGAUCACCACUUGGUUUCCACCUGCCUCUUCAUUUCUGAUCACCACUUGGUUUCCACCUGCCUCUUCAUUUCUGAUCACCACUUGGUUUCCACCUGCCUCUUCAUUUCUGAUCACCACUUGGUUUCCACCUGCCUCUUCAUUUCUGAUCACCACUUGGUUUCCACCUGCCUCUUCAUUUCUGAUCACCACUGGUUUCCAUCUGCCUCUUCAUUUCUGAUCACCACUUGGUUUCCCUGCCUCUUCAGUUCUGAUCACCACUUGGUUUCCACCUGCCUCUUCAUUUCUGAUCACCACUUGGUUCCACCUGCCUCUUCAUUUCUGAUCACCACUUGGUUUCCACCUGCCUCUUCAUUUUCUGAUCACCACUUGGUUUCCACCUGCCUCUUCAUUUCUGAUCACCACUUGGUUUCCACCUGCCUCUUCAUUUCUGAUCACCACUUGGUUUCCACCUGCCUCUUCAUUUCUGAUCACCACUUGGUUUCCACCUGCCUCUUCAUUUCUGAUCACCACUUGGUUUCCACCUGCCUCUUCAUUUCUGAUCACCACUUGGUUUCCACCUGCCUCUUCAUUUCUGAUCACCACUUGGUUUCCACCUGCCACUUCAUUUCUGAUCGCCACUUGGUUUCCACCUGCCUCUUCAUUUCUGAUCACCACUUGGUUUCCACCUGCCUCUUCAUUCCUGAUCACCACUUGUUCUGGUUUCCACCUGCCUCUUCAUUUCUGAUCACCACUUGGUUUCCACCUGCCUCUUCAUUUCUGAUCACCACUUGGAUUCCACCUGCCUCUUUAUUUCUGAUCACCACUUGGUUUCCACCUGACUCUUCAUUUCUGAUCACCACUUGGUUUCCACCUGCCUCUUCAGUUCUGAUCACCACUUGGUUUCCACCUGCCUCUUCAUUUCUGAUCACCACUUGGUUUCCACCUGCCUCUUCAUUUCUGAUCACCACUUGGUUUCCACCUGCCUCUUCAUUUCUGAUCACCACUUGGUUUCCACCUGCCUCUUCAUUUCUGAUCACCACUUGGUUUCCACCUGCCUCUUCAUUUCUGAUCACCACUUGGUUUCCACCUGCCUCUUCAUUUCUGAUCACCACUUGGUUUCCACCUGCCUCUUCAUUUCUGAUCACCACUUGGUUCCCAUCUGCCUCUUCAGUUCUGAUCACCACUUGGUUUCCACCUGCCUCUUCAUUUCUGAUCACCACUUGGUUUCCACCUGCCUCUUCAGUUCUGAUCACCACUUGGUUCCCAUCUGCCUGUUCAGUUCUGAUCACCACUUGGUUUCCACCUGCCUCUUCAUUUCUGAUCACCACUUGGUUUCCACCUGCCUCUUCAUUUCUGAUCACCACUUGGUUUCCACCUGCCUCUUCAUUUCUGAUCACCACUUGGUUUCCACCUGCCUGGUUCAGUUCCCAUCACCACUUGGUUCCCAUCUGCCUGUUCAGUUCUGAUCACCACUUGGUUUCCACCUGCCUCUUCAUUUCUGAUCACCACUUGGUUUCCACCUGCCUCUUCAUUUCUGAUCACCACUUGGUUUCCACCUGCCUCUUCAUUUCUGAUCACCACUUGGUUCCCAUCUGCCUGUUCAGUUCUGAUCACCACUUGGUUUCCACCUGCCUCUUCAGUUCUGAUCACCACUUGGUUUCCACCUGUCUCUUCAGUUCUGAUCACCACUUUGUUUCCGUCUGCCUGUUCAGUUCUGAUCACCACUUGGUUUCCACCUGCCUCUGUGCAUCUAUCUAUCUAUCUAUCUAUCUAUCUCUAUCUAUCUAUCUAUCUAUCUAUCUCAGUCUGUUCAUUAUCUAUCUAUCUAUCUAUCUAUCUAUCUAUCUAUCUAUCUAUCUAUCUAUCUCAGUCUGUUCAAAUCUAUCUAUCUAUCUAUCUAUCUAUCUAUCUAUCAGUCACUUGAUAGUUGCCAAUCACUGCAAGUCUGUUCAUAUCUAUCUAAUAUAUAAAGGUUGUUCUGAAACUUUCUCCACCUUCUCUUCUUUUCUUGCUUCUUCUUUUUUCUUACUUUCCUUUCUUCUUUUUCUCCUUUUAUCAUCCUUUUUUUUCUCUCUUUAA